UCAAUUUAUCUUGUUUUCACCAAAUUAAUUUCGUAAUUUACUCGUUCAAGGAAGUAUUCAUUAUAUUGUGCUAAUUGUGCUUGCUAGUUGCUACUAUACUUACUAAUGAUGCCUUUAUUUGCUGCUGUAUUUAUUUUCUAGUUUCACUUCAGAUUCUGGUCAGAUUUGAUAAUAAUUAAAAAAAAAAAAAAAGAGAGGGUAUUCUAUUCUAUUCUAUUCUAUUCUUCUUGAUGGAAGCUGGAGGGAAUUCCUUACCUUCUGGUACUGAUGGAGUGAAGAGGAAAGUUAGUUACUUUUAUGACCCUGAGGUUGGCAAUUACUACUACGGCCAAGGUCACCCAAUGAAGCCACAUAGAAUUCGUAUGACUCAUGCCCUUCUUGCACAUUACGGCUUGUUGCAACAUAUGCAUGUUCUCAAGCCCAAUCCUGCUAGAGACAAAGAUCUUUGCAGAUUUCAUGCCGAUGAUUAUGUUGGCUUUUUGAGGAGCAUUACACCCGAAACACAGCAGGAACAGCUCAGGCAACUCAAGAGAUUUAAUGUUGGCGAAGAUUGUCCUGUUUUUGAUGGUCUCUACUCUUUUUGUCAGACUUAUGCUGGUGGUUCUGUUGGUGGUGCUGUCAAGUUAAAUCAUGGCCAUUGUGAUAUUGCUGUAAAUUGGGCUGGUGGCUUACAUCAUGCUAAGAAGUGUGAGGCUUCUGGUUUUUGCUAUGUCAAUGAUAUAGUGCUGGCUAUUCUGGAACUUCUCAAAGUGCACGAGCGUGUUUUAUAUGUAGACAUUGACAUUCAUCAUGGUGAUGGUGUUGAGGAAGCGUUUUACACUACAGACAGGGUGAUGACUGUCUCUUUUCAUAAAUUUGGAGAUUAUUUUCCUGGUACGGGUGAUGUACGUGACAUUGGAUAUGGAAAGGGGAAAUAUUACUCUCUGAAUGUCCCUUUAGAUGAUGGAAUUGAUGAUGAUAGCUACCAGUCUCUGUUUAAGCCAAUAAUGGGCAAAGUGAUGGAAAUAUUUAGACCUGGUGCUGUUGUAUUACAAUGUGGUGCAGACUCUCUUUCUGGAGAUCGGCUAGGCUGUUUUAAUCUCUCAAUUAAAGGUCAUGCAGAGUGCGUUAAAUUUAUGAGAUCUUUUAAUGUGCCCUUACUGUUACUGGGUGGUGGUGGUUAUACAAUACGUAAUGUUGCUCGGUGCUGGUGUUAUGAGACAGGCGUAGCACUUGGAAUUGAACUUGAUGACAAGAUGCCACAACAUGAAUAUUACGAGUACUUUGGCCCAGAUUAUACUCUGCAUGUUGCUCCAAGUAACAUGGAAAAUAAGAAUUCUCGUAUUUUAUUGGAAGAGAUCAGAUCAAAGCUUCUUGAUAAUCUUUCAAGGCUUCAACAUGCACCAAGCGUCCAGUUCCAGGAGCGACCACCAGAUACUGACCUCCCACAGAUGGAUGAAGAUCACGAUGGUGAGGAUGAAAGAUCCGAUCCCGGCUCUGAUAUAGAAGUUGAUGAAGAACGCAAGCCAUUACCUAGCAGAGUGAAGAGCGAAUUCGUUGAACCUGAAGCAAAAGACAUGGAUAUCGUUAAAGAAGAUGCCCACAGUAAGGAAGUCGAUCUCAAAUGCUCUGAACCUCUUGCCUAACAAUCAACUUGAAGAUGCUCGUUUGCUGCUGAUUAAAAGAGUUACAAGAGUAUUAUGAAUGUACAGACAUGGAUGGGUCUCCCACUGCAGUUUCCAAGUUCCGAGAUUCAAUUUAGUUAACGGAGACAAGAACUCACAGGAAAGAAUGGCCAGCAUAUUUAGACAUUUGAAGAUUUUAUUUAUUUAUUUCUGUUUUGGAUUUUCGGGGCUGAUGGUUUUGCAGCGAGUGUUAUAUCUAAUCUGUGCUCCGUAGAGUCGAUAUCUAUUUUUUAGGAUGCAAAUCUAUCUUAUCCGCCUGUUAUUUACGUCGA